GUGGACAACUCCUCCCUGACUGGCGAAUCCGAGCCCCAGACUCGCUCUCCCGACUGCACACACGACAAUCCCUUGGAGACUCGGAACAUCACCUUCUUCUCCACCAACUGUGUGGAAGGCACGGCUCGGGGCGUGGUGGUGGCCACGGGCGACCGUACUGUCAUGGGCCGCAUUGCCACCCUGGCCUCAGGGCUGGAGGUGGGCAAGACGCCCAUCGCCAUCGAGAUUGAGCACUUCAUCCAGCUCAUCACUGGCGUGGCUGUCUUCCUGGGCGUUUCCUUCUUCAUCCUCUCCCUCAUUCUCGGAUACACCUGGCUCGAGGCUGUGAUCUUCCUCAUCGGCAUCAUCGUGGCCAAUGUCCCAGAGGGUCUGCUGGCCACUGUCACUGUAAGGCCGGGCUCCUGCGUCUGCGCGGGGAGGGCC